CCAAGGCCCAUGUCACCUGUCGUCGACCGCGUUGUAGGCUGCGCCGAGACAGCAUCAUAACCCACCCACCUCCCCGGUCGGCUCCUCGUGCUCGUACGAGGGGGUUGCAUGUAUGUGUGUGCACAAUGCGCAAUCUCCGCAACAUUCGAUAUAAUUCCUGGAAAUUGCCAGCCGACCUAGAAGGAGAGACCAUCACAUCCGGAUGCUGGGACCCUGCAAAAGAUGAGGUUCUAUGUACUCUCGGCCCAAGCGAGCAACAGGGCCGCAUCCGUCUACUGAGGAUCUCGGAACAUGCGACGGCCUCGUCCCUGGACAUAGAGUGGCUGGAGGUCGCAUCGUGGGAUGCUUUGAGUCCCAGUCCAGACUUGGCUGUCGACAGGAUCGUGAAUUUGCAUCACUUCGGCGAUACUCUCACGACAUGUCUCGUACUAGCCGGUGGAGACAUAGUUGUCGUCCAGGAGUCGGAGGGGCCGACUCCCCGAGACCAAGUCCACGUCGAGAUCGUAGGUUCCAUCGACGAGGGUAUCGCUGCCGCAGGCUGGUCCCCGGACGGAGAGCUGUUGGCUGUCGCCACCAACGCGAAUACGGUCGUCUUUAUGAGCCGCAGCUUCGAUCCCAUAACCGACGUGACUCUGACUGCCGACGACCUCAAAGCAUCCAAGCAUGUAUCCGUCGGCUGGGGCAAGAAGGAGACCCAGUUCCAAGGCAGAGGUGCCAAAGCCCUAAGGGACCCAACCAUACCAGAGCAUGUGGACCAGGGCGUGCUCAGUCCCUACGAUGAUGGCAGUACUGCCAUCAGUUGGAGGGGAGACGGCGCCUACGUGGCCGUCAAUUCGCUCGAGGCAGGUAUCCGCCGCGUCAUCCGAGUGUACUCUCGAGAUGGGGUACUUGACAGUGUUAGUGAGCCAGUUGAUGGCAUGGACGGCGCCCUGAGCUGGAGGCCAGCCGGGAAUUUGAUCGCCGGCAUACAGCGCCUCGAGGACCGCGUCGACGUUAUCUUCUUCGAGAGAAAUGGUCUCAGACACGGCCAAUUCUCCCUGAGAGCCCCUGAAGGCAGAGUGCUGGCAGGGGACCAGAUUCAGCUUCAGUGGAACUCGGAUUCCACCGUUCUAGCCGUGGCUCUUGAUGACCGUGUUCAGCUGUGGACUAUGGGCAAUUAUCAUUGGUAUCUAAAACAGGAAAUCUCUACACGGAGCCGGCCGCUCUGCCUCACCUGGCACCCCGAGAAGCCGUUGCGCUUUACGGCUGCUAUGUCAGGUAAGCUGUGGCUUGCCGAGUACGUGUUCGAGGUAAUUCGCGGGUCUCUGACGCCGCCAUGCGAUUACGGCGCGGUCGCCGUUAUCGACGGCGAAACGCUCAAGCUGACCUCUUUUCGGACGGCUAACGUGCCUCCCCCGAUGGCGCUGUUCGAGCUUCAAGCACCGUCGCCUAUUAUUGACGUGGCGUUCUCUCCCGCCAACACACUCAUGGCUAUCCUCCACCAACAUGGCGUAGACGUGUACGAAUGGAAAACCAAAGGGCAACGCUCUCUAGUACCGGCUCUGGUAGGAAAUGUGACUUUUUCUAAGGAUGACCCGGGUGAGGAAUGGACCCCCUUACAAAUUUCUAUCACCGAGAAUAGCGUCGUUCAUUGCUUAGGCUUCGAGACGAGGGCAGCCGUUCGGUCCCACCCCCUUGAUCGAGCCACCGGCGAAUUCGCAUCCAGCACGAGUAUAUAUGCAGGAUCAAUGUUUGGUUUCGUCCGCCUUACCCAAGCAGGUUCCACUGGUGUGCUUCUUCAAGACUGUCUCGGCGGGCUUCAUGGUGUGCCCGAUCAGCGGGAUGAAUUUUAUUCGGCACGUCUUCCUGCGCAAUUCCCGUGGAGCGAGGUCGUCGAUCUUGCCGGGAGCAUCGUCGCCGUAGGACUGUCUAGAUAUGGACAUCUCUUUGCAAAUUCUCGUUUGCUACUAAAGGGUUGCACGUCUUUCCUCAUCACACCGGCUCACCUCAUAGUUACAACUAGUAAUCAUUUAAUCAAGUUCAUUCACUUGGUCGAUCUAGCUGGUCUGGAGGUGCCCCCCGACGACCCCGAAAAUGACGAAAGGUGUCGGAGCAUUGAGAGAGGAGCACGACUUAUCACGGCGAUGCCCACAACGAUGAAUCUAGUUCUUCAGAUGCCGCGGGGGAAUCUAGAAACGAUAUAUCCCCGGGCUAUGGUCGUGGCAGGAAUCAGACACCUGAUCGACACCAAAGACUAUGGAAAAGCGUAUUCGUAUUGCCGGACUCAGCGCGUGGACAUGAAUAUUCUCUAUGACCACAACCCUCACCAGUUUCUUGCUGAUGUUGGGCUCUUCCUGGACCAACUCGGCGACGUCUCAUACAUCGAUAUUUUCCUCUCGUCUUUACGAAAUGAGGAUGUCACACAAACGAUGUAUAGGGACACGAAGACCAUACAAACUCUGCAGCAACCGGAAGCACAUUUGAAUGGGGUUGCCAUCAGAGAUACUCAGGGCACUUCAAAAGUUAACACAAUCUGCGAUGCCGUACUCUCUCAUCUCCGGGCGCGCAAAAACAAGGAUCAUGGUACACUACAGAAUACCAUCACUGCCAAUAUCUGCAAAACUCCGCCGGCAUAUGAAGAUGGGCUGUUAGUUAUUUCAGCUAUAAUGCAGGAGGCUGAGCAGCUAGCCGAGAAGGCUGUCGAACAUAUUUGCUUCCUUGCAGAUGUCAACGUCUUAUAUGACGAAGCUCUCGGUGUCUACCAUCUGGACCUAGCACUUCUAGUUGCGCAACAGUCGCAACGAGAUCCUCGUGAAUAUCUCCCAUUUAUACAGAACUUGCAUCAGUUGCCCGAACUACGACGGAAAUUUGCCAUCGACGAUCACCUCGGCCGGCAUGAGAAAGCCCUAGCUCAUCUCCAGUCGAUACCGUCGCACAAGGAGGCACAGGAAUAUACAGUCAAGCACGCCCUCUACGCUGCCGCCCUAAAGUUUUACCGCUACGACCAAUCGAACCUAACCAUACUCAUGGGCCUUUACGCUUCGUACCUUGAGUCCAGAUCCCGGUUCCGUGAAGCGGGUCUCGCCUACGAGUCCCUCCAUGACUACACAGGAGCUACUAGGUGCUACCGUGCCGCCGGGCCAUCCUGCUGGCGUGAAUGUCUCUUCACGGCGCAACAACAGUCGCCGCCUCUAGGGCCCGACGCACUCAGGGACCUUGCCGGAACCCUCGCAGAAGCACUCUACGAGGCUAAGGACUACGCCUCGGCGGCUACAAUCCACCUCGAUCACCUCAAUGCAGUCGAAAAUGCGAUCUCGUGCCUGUGCAAAGGGUACCUCUUCGCCGACGCGAUGCGUAUCGCCGUGCAGCGUGGGCGUCCUGAGCUCCUCGGUACAGCCGUCGAUCUAGGACUAGCGGAGGCGCUGAGCAGCAGCACCGAAUUCUUCGCGGACUGCAAGGCCCAGCUACGCGCGCAAGUGCCGCGGAUACUAGAGCUGCGGCGCAAGGCAGCGGAGGACCCGCUGGGCUUCUACGAGGGCGAGCGCGCGGGCGGCGGCGACGGCGACAACGUGCCGGACGACGUGUCGGUAGCGGCGAGCUCGCGCAUCAGCACGAACGCGAGCCUAUUCACGCGGUACACGGGCAAGGGGGGCAGCGUGGGGACGACGGGGACGGGGGCGAGCCGGGCGACGAGCCGGAGCCGGAAGCGCGAGGAGAAGAAGCGGGCGCGCGGCCGCAAAGGCACGGUCUACGAGGAGGAGUACCUCGUCAACAGCGUGCGGCGGCUCGUCGAGCGCGUGCAGGCGACGAAGCCCGACGCCGAGCGGCUCGCGUCCGGGCUCGCGCGCCGCGGCAUGCACGAGCGGGCGCGCGCGCUCGAGGCCCUCGCCGCCGAAGUCAUCGAGGGGUGUCGAGCCGCGAUCGCGGAAGUGUUCGUCGUCGUCGUCGUCGCCGGCGCCGAGAGCAAGGGGCCUCCGGCGGCCGAGAGGACGGGCGACGAAGGGGAAAGGGAGGGAGGAGGAGGAGAGGCGGCCUGGCGGCCGGUAGGCGCAGACGCCGUGCUCUACGAGAACCUCGAGGCCGCGUGGAGGAAGCAGGAGCCCCCCGUCAUCACGGGAUUGGAGAGGUUGUCGCUGCUGGGGUCGUGAAGGGGUGACUAGGAUAAAGGGGGGGGCGUGGAUGACGGAGAGAGAGAGAGAGAGGUCGUGUCUAUAAAACCCUGGUAGUCUCUACACGUAGAUAGGUGAACGGACAAUUGAAAACAUC